AGGGAAACGCUGGGAUCGGAAGCCGGGAUUUGAUCCCAAGCAGCUCCCGGCCCCCGCAGGCGUCACCUUCUCGGACACGGCGAGCGCCACGGAGCCGUGCAAGCCGUGCACGCAGUGCGAGGGGCUGCAGAGCAUGUCGGCGCCCUGCGUGGAGACCGACGACGCCGUGUGCCGCUGCGCCUACGGCUACUUCCAGGACGAGGCCAGCGGGAGCUGCCGCGAGUGCCGCGUGUGCGAGGCGGGCUUCGGCCUCAUGUUCCCCUGCAAGGACUCGCAGGACACCGUGUGCGAGGAGUGUCCCGAGGGCACCUUCUCCAGCGAGGCCAACUUCGUGGACCCCUGCCUGCCCUGCACCACGUGUGAGGAGAACGAGGUGCUGGUGCGGGAGUGCACGCCCGUGGCCGACGCCGAGUGCCGGGGUAAGAGCCGAGCCGGGCGUCGCGGUGUCCUUGUCCUUGUCAUUGUCAUUGUCAUUGUCACGGCUCUGCUGCCACCGCAGGGAUGUUCCUGGUGGAACAGCUGCAAGCAGAACAAGCAGGGCGCCAACAACCGCCCGGUGAACCAGACGCCGUCCCCCGAGGGGGAGAAGCUGCACAGCGACAGCGGCAUCUCCGUGGACAGCCAGAGCCUGCACGACCAGCAGCCCCCCGGGCAGGGCACCCAGGGGCCAG